AUGCGAGCAAUGCACACAGUGUCGAAACACCAGCUGGCGAGCAUCAGCCAGCAGCAUCUUUCGUAUUGCAAAGGACCAUUGACCCUGUCGGCAUCUAAGCCUUUAGAUUACCCCGCAAGGUACGAGGCGAGGGUUCGUUCAGGUACAACGGCUGGGUCUAGCACGAGCGAGGGGCAUGGGCGGCGUGAUGGCCGGCCUAGCGCGCUGGCGAGCGAGCGAUGCGCCCCACCGCGCGCGGCUGGCCCAAACAGGCUCGCUGGCCGACGCGGUCUCACUGCUGCUCACGUGCGCGCUCCGCUGGCGGCUGGUGGGCGGAGCGGUUCCGCGGGCAGAGUGCGCGAGGCACCGGGCGGCCGUCGUCGUUGCGGCCGCAUCGCAGCGCAGCGCAGGCAGUGCCAUGGAGACGCGGCGACGCCGUGCUCGCGGCUGUUCGCAGGCAGCGCGGCCAUUGCGAGCGCGCGCGCACGCAGCGGUGUUGUCGCGCGUGGGGGUGCAAUUCGCCCUGCUGGCGGUCAUAUCGCUCACUCAUCGUUAUCCUCGCUGCAGUUCCGGGCGGUUGGACGUGCCAAGCGCAGGCUGCGCACUCUCGACGUCGACCUCGCAGCAGCAUGCGCACCAUGGCACGGCUCGCCUGCCGCCGCCGACGGCUGGCUGCACACCUCACGACACCACGAUGUCAUCGCGAGGCAUCACCACGGGGCCCUCUGCGCGCAACCCUCGCGCUCCUGCGCACCCUCUCCUGCACCUCGCCCACGACCGGCGCCCGCCGAGCGUCAUCCGCGGUUGCCAGCCUCGCUCGCCGGUGCACCACGCGCCUGA